UGAAAGGUUAAUUUUUCAAAAGUGUUGAUGUUUAAAUUGUCCUCCAAUUCUGGAAUGACCCAAAGAUUGUGGUGGUUUAUCACAACAAACUUGCUUCAGACAAGAUGCUUAUUGCUCAACAGCUAUUAGCAGACACACCCACCUUUCUUUCACUCCCUUCAGUAAUACCACAGUCACUUCCUUCAACCAGACUGCACAGCUUCAUUCGUGUCGACUGCCCAGAGUCCACGAAUAUAGCCCUGCACAUCUAACCACCUCCACAAAUUCCACCUGGCCACCUACAGAGCAAAGGGACCUGCAGCAACACAUUUGCAGAUCAGCCGUAACAGACGCUACAUUCCAGUUACCUCUCCUUCCUCUGUUCAGACAUGUCACUCUACAGUUUUGGACUGGAGCCACUCUCCUGCCACACCUGGAACAAAGACAGGACCCAGAUUGCAGUGAGUCCUAACAACAAUGUGGUGGACAUCUAUGAGAAGAAAGGCAAAGAAUGGGCCAAGAUCCAUGAGCUGACUGAGCACAGUGGACGAAUCACAGGCAUCGACUGGGCCUCGGAGUCCAACCGCAUUGUAACAUGUGCCUCUGACCGCAAUGCCUACGUGUGGACUUUAAAGGAUGGCGUGUGGAAGCCCACCCUGGUCCUGGUGCGCAUCAACCGUGCAGCCACCUGUGUGAAGUGGUCACCACUGGAGAACAAGUUCGCUCUGGGCAGCGGAGCUCGCCUCAUCUCUGUCUGCUACUUUGAGAAAGAGAACGACUGGUGGCUAAGUAAGCACAUCAAGAAGUCCAUUCGCUCCACAGUCUUGAGUCUGGACUGGCAUCCCAACAACAUCCUACUGGCGGCUGGGUCUGCAGACUUCCACUGCAGGGUUUUGUCAACCUACAUCAAGGACAUCGAAGACAAGCCCGGACCCACUGCCUGGGGGGCCAAAAUGCCUUUUGGGGAGGUGCUGCUGGAGCAUAAGGACUGUGGAGGCUGGGUGCACAGUGUCGCCUUCUCCCCUAGUGGAGACCAACUUGCAUGGGUAUCCCACAACAGCAGCAUCGCUGUGGUUGAUGCCGCCCAGGGGAAGGAGGUAACCCAGCUGCCCAGCAACCGUCUGCCACUUCUGAGUGUGCUCUAUGUCAGCCCCACUGAGCUUGUUGCCGCGGGUCAUGACUGUUGCCCCUACCAGUUCACCUAUAAGGAUCCAGGUGCUCUGGAGUUUGUGAAGAAGCUGGACAUCCCCAAGCAGACCUCCAAGAGCAGUGUGACGGCCAUGCAACACUUCCAGAACCUGGACAAGAGGGCCACUGACGACGACAGCAACGAGCUGGGGACCCUUCACCACAACAGCAUCACACAACUGAGUAUUGUAUCUGGGGAGAAAGCCAAAGUGGAGAAGUACAGCAGUGUGGGUCUGGAUGGAGCUAUGGUGAUCUGGGAUUUUAAGCACUAAGACACCACAGAUCCGUCCUUGAGAUGUCAGAGGCUGAACCAAUCGCCACACCCUUGUAUCAAAUACUCUUGUGGAAUAUAACCGCCACCCAUGGAACUACUGAUAUGCUUUAGAGUAUCUGGAAAAAACUGUAAGCACAUGUGCAUUGUGAUAUUUGUCAAUUAAAAAAACCUUUUGAAUAAAUAAAGAGGAUAUUUAC